UUUCGCAUCGCCGAGGCUCUGGGUACGGAUUCCUCACAGGAUCAGCGGCGUCUGGCAGCUUGGGCCAGAUAUCAUUAGGGGCCCGCUGCAAUCCGUUCGCCCUGCGCAUGCCCCUUAGCCAUCAUCACCACACCGCAAUCCUCACAUCUUCCAACGAUGUUGUCCGCGUCCUCGGCUCCUCUUGUAAAGAGAACUAUUGAGACAACCCAUAAACGACAUCAGAAGUUCUACUUCAAGGACGGAAAUGUCAUCUUCCUGGUCGAAGACACGUUUUACAACGUUCAUCGAUAUUUCCUUGAGCGUGACUCCAAGCUAUUCCAGGACCUGUUCUCGCUGCCGCAAAAGCAAUCGGCAGAGGGCUUGUCCGAUGAUAACCCCAUCCGUCUAGUAUGCACGAAGAGCAUCGACAUGGAGCGUUUCCUGUCAGUGCUGUACCCAAGACGUAUUGGGAAAUACGACCUUGAGACGACGGAAGAAUGGGUAUCCGUACUGGAGUUCGCUUACAAGUGGCAGUUUGAUGCAGUCUGCCAGCUGGUGAGGGAGCGUCUCCCAGAGGUCGCCACACUCGUCGAACAGAUUGUCCUUGCUCGGCAGUACAACCUCCCUGACCUCUUAUUAAAUGCCCGUGUCAAGAUUUGCGAGCGCGAAGAAGCACUGUCCCUCCAUGAGGGAAGGCAGCUGGGCAUCGACGAGUGUAUUGUUAUCAAUCAAGUCCGUCAGGAGGCCCGCAGCAACCACUACGCGACAAGUGCCAUGAAGUUCGACGAGUGGGAUAGGAGGAUGUUGCAGAAGAUGUUCCAGACACCAGACGAACGAUAGCGGGCAGCAUACAGGAUAAUACAAUCGCUCUUCGGGAUAUGUACAAGGCUAUAUUGAUUGGGACAUUUGUUAGGUCUGGUUACAUCGCAUUGCAGGUUCACAU